CGCUAAGUAGAGAACGCACAUUAGUCAGCAACCUGUCGGGGUUUACCGUUUCUUCCUCAAUCAUUCAAGUUCCUGGUCGAUGCUCGUUUACAGCAAUACUUUUACUGAGGAUACAAAGAUAGAAAGAGAUCAGCUGUAGGAACUGGAAAUCUUUAGCUUUGGUUUAUAUCAGGAACAUGAAGGAAGGAAGGAAGAAAAGAAGAGACAUUUUUUGAAUCUUCUCAGGAUGAAGCUGAGAUGAAGUUUUGGUGCUGUAAUUUGCCUUUUAUAACUACAUUCAUCCGUGCUUCAACCUCCGACUUGUGUCCCUCUUCCUCUUAUACCCUCAUAUACUCCUCGCUGUCGAUACCUUCCCUUUUGCCGUCUUUGACAUCCCUUUAUACGCUAUUUCGUUUGGAUUCCAGCACUCUCAGACACGAUGCCCGAUUGGAAUUCGCCAGCCGAGAUCUCGAAGGAUGGAGUUGUUUUCUCAAGAUUCAUGCACGCUCUUCUUGGACUGUACAUAUGGGAAUGGUUCACCUCGCUCGACUUCGAUUGGGAUUAUAUCAGAGGGAAGAGACAGUUUCGUUGGCCUUUGAUCUUCUACUUCUUGAACCGUUAUUGCUUGCUAUUCGCUCUAAUCGGAAUAGCUGUUGCUCUCAACGUAGCGACCGAGAUUAACUGUCAGGCUCUCUACACAUUCAACCAGUGUGUUGGUAAUGCCGCCAUUGGCCUUGCGUCAAUCAAUUUUUCCCUGAGAACUAUGGCCGUCUGGACGCAAAAAUGGUAUAUCGUGGUUCCGUUGAUUCUCCUCAUACUUGGUCAAUGGUCGCUUCUUCUUCACGGUAUCCUGCUCAAAGCCACUUACAGCCCGACCGAAGGAUGCGUGAUAGUUGAAACUGACAGCCGUCUACUUCUCGCGGGAUUCACAUAUACAAUGUGCUUUGACUUUGUCGUACUUAGUUUAACCGCCUGGAAACUUGUCAUAAAUGCGCCAAGCUCGAAAGUCAUGGGCCGCUCCAGGCUCGUUGUCCUCAUUUUCGGCGAUGGGCUGAUUUACUUCAUCAUCGCUUUUUUGUCCAACUUACUCGCAACUAUCUUCAUGUUAUUGGACUUGAAUCCAGUCAUGUCGAUUAUCGCCAAUGUUCCUUCUGCGAUUGGGUCGACUAUCGUUGCAUGUAGGGCAGUCCGGAGGCUUGCUCUUUUCACAUCAUCUUCACCGGAGAUGUUUGCAUCUACCCAAGCGUCAACGUUAGCAUUCCGUUCAAACACAAAGUCAACUAUGCGACCACCUAGGUUAAAUACGACUUUGAAGUCGGAGGGCGUUCAUGUUCAGAUGGAAACUUUCGAGUCACCAUCGAGUGGAGGAACUUACACAGAUCCUGUAUACGACGCUAUGGGCAAAAUCAUCGACCAUGUUUCUCCUGCGGAAGAAUAUGAUCUAGAGGCUCAGGACAUCCGUAACGAAUUCAAGCGUCCUCCUUAUUAGAGCUACACCGAACUCAUCAAAAGCGGGUAAGAUCUAGAGCAAUGAGAUCGCAUUGCAGCACCCCCUUCCUCAACAUUAUACCAUAAAGUAUACACCAGUUACGUCCACAUUGUCCGCAUAUCGUUCACUCCCCGUUGUCGCUUUGUCUCGCUCUAAAUCGAUUUUGCCAUUGUUCAACUGUCGUCACACUUUUGAUAACAUUUCUCGACUCGGAAGUUUUCCAUAACCUGCUGGCGUUCGAGGUCUCAUACAUUUAUUCUUUUUC